AUGGAGCGAGAGAGGAAGGAAGGAAGGAAGGAAGGAAGGAAGGAAGGAAGGAAGGAAGGAAGGAAGGAAGGAAGGAAGGAAGGAAGGAGGAAGGAAGGAAGGAAGGAAGGAAGGAAGGAAGGAAGGAGGAAAAGAGGUAUGUGGAUAUUUAGAGCAGAAAUCCCUCCAGGCUGUACUUAGCCAGUUGUCACUGUCAACACUCUCUGUCUCUCUCUCUCUCUCUUGCUAUGAUAAUCUAAUAGACGUAGAGAUUGUAGAGAGAAAGAAAUAGACAGGAUAGAUCAAUCUCAUUUAUCACAGCUCUAAUCAUCCUACUGACAGUCUUAUUACAUCUCUCUGGUUUUCAUCAUAUUUAUACAUAGAUAACGGCAUUAUCAUUGACUGAUCUCCCUCUAAUCUCAUUAUAUGGGAAGCCAGGUUUAGAACAUUCAUAACCACACAACACACAGGCAGUACCAUGCACUGCAAUACAUUGCGUUGUAUUAUUUCAGGAUAGCAGAAAUGUAAUAACUUAUGUAAGGUGUAAUAGCUCAUGUUAGGCCCCUGUAAUAAGAAAGCAAUGUUUUGAAAGGCUUUGAUUGUCAAGUCCUCCGUACUCUCCUUGGAACGAGAGAUCAGAAAAAGACAGUGAUUGAUUGGCCAGAGAGUCCACACAACUAUCUAAAGAAUGGGAAUAGUGAUAGAAACACUUUUAGAGCCGGUUGGCUAACUUGCGAACGUUCCCCUGCUCUCCCUGGACAUAAGGUUCAUUCAGAAGACAGCCCACUCCCUCUUAUCCAAAAACCCUGUGUCCAAUUCCAAACCGACAAGAGAUGAUUUGGAAUUGGGCCGAUAUACUAGCCCUGUCACACCUAACCUCCAUCCUACUUUACCCCCUCCUCUGUGACGAGACAAAGGCCUGGUUCCAAUCAACCCCCCCAUUCUCUCACUCACUCACCUGUCCCAGAAGCCUCUGCCUUCGCCUGAACACUGAACUGGGAUUGGCUCACAAGGGGCAAGGGCAAGGACCACGAGCUAGCUCACUCUUGAUUGGUGGAGAUGCUGCAUGUACUGUAGAUAUGAUGCCACAGGAUGAUGUUGUGUUGUUGUUUUUGAGUUUGAGUUGGCUGUUGCCGGACUGUCGUUGAGUUCUGCUUCUUCUUUGGUGCCGUGAACUGCCGCCGUUCUCUCGUCAUUUGAAUGAACUGUACUGUGUUUCUGUAGAAUUUGUAUUAUUUUGGUUGUUUUGUGUUUCAGUUCAUUUGCGUUUGUGAGACUAUAGCUGACAUGCAUGCAGCUUCUACUUCUCUCAUUACCCUCUCACGUUGUUCUGAGUGUGUGGCUGAGGCUGGUCUAGCAGCCAUGCCAUGCUGAUCACCUGCUUUACCAGCACAAAGCACGCCCCUACAUAGGGAGAGAGGGGAAAAUAUAGCCCUAUGGUACAAGGGGAAGAGGACAAUGUCUGUGUUUGAGGGGUCCAGGGAGACAGAUCUGUCCCAGUUUUGCCUUUAAUCACUGGUCCCUUUUUCCCCACACACUCCUGUCACUACCGUCUCUCUCUCUCUCUCUCUCUCUCUCUCUCUCUCUCUCUCUCUCUCUCUCUCUCUCUCUCUCUCUCUCUCUCUCUCUCUCUCUCUGUCAAGUCUCUCUCUCUCAUCUGUCUCUCAUCGUGUCACCCAGUGUUUACCGUGUCAGUGCUAUAUGAAACACUCUGGUGACCAAUUUUUCUUCCAUUCCUCUGUCUCACAUGGCCGGCUCCCCUCCGAGCGCUCUGGGACUCUUGUCCUGGCAGCGAGAAAUGAAAGAGAGAAAGGAAUAAAGGGAGGGAAGGAGAGAGAGAGGGAGCGAGAGAGAGAGGGGGAGGGAGGGCUAGAGAGAGAGAGGAAGAGGCUCGUUAUUUUUGAGGGGGGAGAGUUUUUUUCCACUGCCAGCCAGGAGAUGGAUGGUUUUAGGCCAGGCUCUCUAAUUGGGCUUCCAAAAAAGAGAGGGAUGGAGAGGAAGGGAAUGGGAGGGAGUGGUUAUACAUGUUUAUCUCCAGCAGGGGGCAUGAUAGAGCUGUGCUCCUUUAGACCUGGCUGGAGUUUCUAACUGUGUGUGUUGCGCAUUUGUGUGUUCAUUCAUUGAGGUGUGGAGCCUAACUUUUCAUAUUUGAUGAAGUGUGUAUUGUGUACUUUUGUGUAUGAGAUGUUAUGUAUCUGUGUGGGGUUAGUGGUCUGUGUGUUAGUUAGUGUUUUGUGUGUGUGACGGUGUGUGUGUCUGUCAGUGUGUGUGUGUGUGUGUCUAAUGAUGUGUGUGUGUCUCCAUCAGGGGUGUGAUCACUUCCACGGGGGGAGUGAAGGGGGGACGGACGGCGCCCCUCCAGUGUUCUGCUGUAGCAGAGGGACACACUAAACCAGUCCUCUGUGUGGAUGCUACAGAUGAACUGCUCUUCACUGGAUCCAAAGGUACAACAACACUGUCCUAACUAGGACCAUGGGAUGUCUUUGUCUUUGUAAACAAACAUAACUUGGUUAAAGCUCUCAUUUUAACCUAAUGGGCUGUCAGUCCUUGCAUCCAUCGCUCCAGCACCAUCCCUCAGCUUUAUAGAGAACCAAGUGGCGGGGCUGCCAGUUUUAGAUGUUCAUGUUUUUAACCCGUCUCAUCUCUCUUGUUUCUCAUCAGACCGGACGUGUAAGAUGUGGAACCUGGUGACGGGACAGGAAAUCGUCACGCUGAAAGGGCACCCCAAUAACGUGGUCUCAGUCAAAUACUGUUCCUCCUCCUGCCUAGUGUUCUCUGUCUCCACCUCCUACAUCAAGGUCUGGGACAUACGAGACUCUGCCAAGUGUGUCCGCACCCUGACGUGAGUGGCUCUCUGUAUCUUUCCACCAAUCACAGCUCACCCUAACCACCCUCACUGAUCAAUCAGUGCAACUCUGUAACGGUCCAGACAUGUUUUACGACCAAGCUGAAUGAACCAACGUUUACCAAACCUCGAUCUCAAUCUCAAUUCCAAUCUCAAUCUCAAUAUCAAUAUCUCUCUCUCCCGCUACCCCCCCCCUCUCUCUCUCUCUCUCUCUGUCCCCCCUCUCUACCUCUCCAGGUCUUCAGGCCAGGUGGUAUCGGGGGAUGCGUGUGCGGGUACCACCCCCCGUACCGUCACGGUGGCGCAGGGUGAAUACCAGAUCAACCAGAUAGCUCUGAACCCCUCUGGCUCUGUCCUCUAUGCUGCUUCUGGCAACACCGUACGCACCUGGGACCUCAACAGGUAACAGAAGGACACUUGUUUUUAGCAUUCUAACCACUGCUAUGCAGCAAUGUGUUUUUACAAUUGGCAUUGAUUUAGCUAUGUAUGUACAUACAUUAGCUGUGCCUAUAAAAGUUGUCUAACAAUAAAAAAGGAUCUCUCUCUCUCUUUCUCUCUCCCUCUCUCCUCCCUCUGCCCUCCCUCCCUCUCUCUCUCCCUUCUUCCUCUUCUCUCUCUCUCUCUCCCUCCCUCCCUCUCAUCUCUCUCUCUAGGAUGACAGCAUUAGGGAAGCUGACAGGUCAUAUAGGUUCAGUGAUGUGUCUCACUGUAGGUCAGUCUCUACUUGGCAAAGACCAGGUCAUCACUGGCUCCAAGGACCACUAUGUCAAGGUACUACUGUGCUAUGCGCAGUGGCACAUACACACACACACACACACACACACACACACACACACACACACACACACACACAAGCAUUUCCAUUGUACCCCGUUACGCAGGCUACAUCCUGGUUCUCUACCCUUCUCUUGAGGUGUGAACUGGCACACUUCCUGUUGUGGAUUCCUGUUGGAGUGUACAACAACUUUUUUCUGCUGUUUGGUCAUGUUUUCUGACUGCUACUGCUGUCCUGUUUUUGUGGCAGGUGUUUGAUGUGGCAGAGGGCAUGCUGGGUAAUUUAGGCCCUGCCCACAACUUUGAGCCUCCGCACUAUGACGGCAUCGAGUGUCUGGCCAUCCAGGGAGACGUUCUGUUCAGCGCAUCACGAGACAACGGCAUCAAGAAGUGGGACCUGGAGAACCAAGAACUCACACAGGUACACUCUUAGAAAAAGAGGUGCUAUCUAGAACCUAAAAGGGUUCUUUGGCUGUCCCCAUAUGACAACCCUUUGAAGAACCCUUUUUGGUUCCAGGUAGAACCCUUUCCACAGAAUAACCUUUUUUUCUAUGAGUGUAGAGAGAGGGAGGGAGGGGAGGGGAGGGAGGGAGGGAGGGAGGGAGGGGGGAGGGGAGGGGAGGGAGGGAGGGCGUGUGUGUGUCACAGCACAGUGUGGCAGCUGAAAAGGGCAGCGAUAAUUGAAUGUCAUUGAUACCAGUUCUGACAGUAUUGGGAAAAGGGAAUGUACUGCUACAGUGGAUGUGUGUUGAUUAAUCGUUAUCUGUCUACAAUGUGGUCAGCCUAUAGUGGCAGGAGUGAAUCCUGUGAUGUAGAAAAGCUGUCAUUAAUAUAGGCCAUGUCUUUACCUGCUCAGCUCAAAGGCUACAACCCAAUCGAUACCCUACUAGGGCCUAAGGCCCAUAGUAGUGCACUAUAUAAGGAAUAUGAUGCCAAUUAGGGAUGCAGCCAAAGUGUUAGCUCUGAGGGACACGUUAGUACUGUGUCAUCCAAUUUAAAUUUGCCAUGAGAGAAUAGUCAACAUUGUAGAGCAGGGUGGACAAGUAUAUCGAUAGCUACUGAGUAGGAAGGGAUGUGUGUGUCUGACCUGGGUUAGAAUACUUACGUCUUUGAUUAUUUGUUAUUUAAAUAAUUUCUGUGUAUUUCAGCAUUUUCAAAUAAUGUUUCCAGAAUCAACUACUUCUAUUGGAAGGUAUUUCAAAGUAUUUCAAAUACUUAUUUCCAAAUACAUUAUUUCAAUUACCAAACAGACCUGGGUUCAAAUGCAUUGGAUUAUUUAAGUAGUUGUAUUGGAAUAUACACUUGUCUGUGUAUUUGAGAAUUUUUCAAUACAUGCCAAUACUUUCUGAGUGUAUUUCCAAAUACAUUCCCAUAUUCAACUACUUAAUAGUAUUUAAACCCAGGUCUGGUUUGUGUGCGUGUAGGCGUGCGUGCGUUCAUGUAAGUAUCCGGUAAUGCUUCUGUGAUUUAUUUUAAAAUAAUCUUGAAUGGUGAAUCAUCUUAGUCAAACACACCCACGGUAAGCCUCUGUGGAAAGGAUAUCUGUACCCAGUUUAUCCAUAGAGGAUCAUGUACACUGAUACACAGUCAACGUUGGAACUUAAAACACUACUUCUGUGACUGUGUGUGGGUGAAAUUGUAUAUUUAAACUAAACUGAACCUUCCUCUCUCUCCUCUCCCCCUCCACAGCAAAUCCCCAACGCCCAUAAGGACUGGGUGUGUGCGCUGGCAUAUGUUCCAGGUCGACCCAUGCUGCUGAGUGCGUGUCGGGGAGGCAUGCUGAAGGUGUGGAACGUUGAUAACUUCACCCCCAUAGGAGAGGUCAGGGGUCAUGAGAGCCCCAUCAACGCCAUCUGCACCAACUCACGACACAUCUUCACCGCUUCCAGGUAAAACAUUACUAAAAACAUGGUUAUAACCAUAUUAUAACUUAUUAUGACCUUUCUUCAAGAUUAUUUUUCACUUAAUAUCCAGGUAUGAUGUUACGCCACUGGAAGGGUAAAGUAAAUAUGGUAGAGUUGGGGGCAUUCAGUGGAUGUAACUGCACUGUCAGGGGCAUAUUUCAGAAAUCUAUUUAAAUACAUUGGUUAUUGUUAGAUGAUUGUUAAUAAACUUGGUGUUUGGCAUCACCCUGCUAGAGAGUUUGUCACAUGAAUGAUUUACCUUACUGCAGCAAGGCAAUUAGAAAAAGUUACUCCAGAACAGUACAUGUUGCUAUGAUGCUAUGACUAACAAGAAAACGUUGUUGAGUACAACACAGAACAUUGACUGGUGCAUGUGGCAUUCAUAUCCCAUGUCAAGGAUACAUCUUUCUGAUUUCACUCAGCCCCACACAGCUAGUCACUGGCUUGGUAGAGCUCAGCUGAUGCAUGCGACCAGGCGUAUCAUGGGCAUGUGCAGUAUGUCUUUCUGUUCCCAGCAUUGCAUGGAAAACUUUAGCAAAGCUGACAUGACCAUAUGGUACUGUGUGAAAUACACAUACUACAUCACUAGUAUUGUAGAUUGAGAGGGGUUUGCAUGGAUCUGCUUCGCACACCCAAGAAUCUCUGUCCUCCCUAUACCAACCUCUUUUCACCAAGACCUUUCACUUUUCAUGCUUAAUGCCCUUCCUGAUCCAUCUGAAUACACCUUUACUAAACUAGUACCUCAUCUUUAUCUUGUACUAACCCACUUUAAACCUCUCCUUUUCCCCUCUCUUCCUUCUCCUACCUCUCUCCUCUCUUUCCCCUUCUGUAUUUUGUCGUUCUUUCCCGCCUUUCCUCUCCUCCUCAUCCUGCCCUGCCACAGUGACUGCAGGGUGAAGUUAUGGAGUUAUGUCCCAGGUCUGACCCCCUGUCUACCUCGACGGGUUCUGGCUAUCAAGGGUCGCACCACAAGCCUCCCAUGAGCCUUCACUCCGACUCACAACCCCGCCUCCGCUCUCCUCUGGUACUUUCACUCAUUCGCGUUCCUCUCUUUCUGAUUCUCUUCCUCUCUCUGUCCCCUCUCUUCCUCUCUCUGUCCCCUCUCUUCCUUUCUCUGUCCCCUCUCUUCAUCUCUCUGUCCCCUCUCUUCCUUCUCUGUCCCCUCUCUCCUCUCUGUCCCCUCUCUUCCUCUCUCUGUCCCCUCUCUUCCUUUCUCUGUCCCCUCUUCCUCUCUCUCUGUCCCCUCUUCCUUUCUCUGUCCCCUCUUCCUUUCUCUGUCCCCUCUCUUCCUCUCUCUCUGUCCCCUCUUCCUCUCUCUGUCCCCUCUCUUCCUUUCUCUGUCCCCCUCUUCCUCUCUCUGUCCCCUCUCUUCCUCUCUCUGUCCCCUCUCUUCCUCUCUUCUGUCCCCUCUCUUCCUUUCUCUGUCCCCUCUUCCUCUUCUCUGUCCCCCUCUCUUAUCUCUCUGUCCCCCUCUUCCUCUCUCUCUGUCCCUCUCUUCCUUCUAUCCCCUCUCUUCCUCUUUCCUUCUAUCCCCUCUCUUCCUCUCUCUUCCCCCUCUCUUCCUCUCUCUGUCCCCUCUUCCUUUCUCUGUCCCCUCUCUUCCUCUCUCUGUCCCCUCUUCCUUUCUCUGUCCCCUCUCUUCCUCUCUCUGUCCCCUCUCUUCUUUCUCUGUCCCCUCUCCUUCCUCUCUCUCUGUCCCCUCUUCCUUUCCUCUCUUCUCUGUCCCCUCUUUCCUUCUCUUCCCCUCUCUUCCCUCUCUUGCCCUCUUCCUUCUCUGUCCCCUCUCUUCUCUCUCUGUCCCCUCUCUUCAUCUCUCUCUGUCCCAUCUCUUCCUCUCUCUCUGUCCCCUUCCUCUCUUCUGUCCCUUAUUCCUCUCUUUGUCCCCCCUCUCUUCUUCCUCUCUCUGUCCCUCUCUCCUCUCUCUUUUCCCUCUCUCUGUCCCUCUCUCUCUCUGUCCCCCUCUUCCUCUCUCUAUGUCCCCUCUCUUCCUCUCUCUCUGUCCCCUCCUUUUCUCCUCUCUGUCAUCCUCUCUCAUCUCUAUCCCUCUCUCUGUCCCCUCUCUUCCUUCUCUGUCCCCCUCUCUUCUCUCUUUCUCUGUCCCCUCUCUUCCUCUCUCUUGUUCCCUUCUUCAUCUCUCUCUGUCCUCUCUUUCUCUCUCUGUUCCCCUCUCUUCCUCUCUCUCCGCCCCUCUCUCCCUCUCUCUUUCCCCUCUCUUCUCUCUCUCUGUCCCCUCUCUUCCUCUCUCUCUUCCCCUCUCUUCCUUUCUCUGUCCCCUCUCUUCCUCUCUCUGUCCCCUCUCUUCCUCUUGCUAAUACCCUUGCUCCAGUGGCGGUCGGUGCCAUUUAAGAUGAGGGAGGAUGAUUCUUUUUUUUAUGAGCAUGGCCUUAUUUCUAUGACAGCAUGUUGGAUGACUGUCAUUCAUAUUUCAUUCACCCAGCUCAAUGUAACAUCGAUAGGUUUAGGCUACUACAUGAUACUCUGAUUUUCCCUGUACCCAUCAUGAGGUUGCUACAACCUAGCCUAUUAAUUAAAGUUUACAAGGUAGAGAAUUUUGAGUAAUCAAGGUGACAGACAGUGACACAUUCAAUACCGCCUUGCACACUCUUGCCUGCAUCUAGCUCAUCUAGGGAGUAAUCAUUAGUCCAACAGUUGCAAAUGUGAAUUUCUGUUGGACAUAUUUAGGUGUUUUUAUCCCUGUUUCGUUCCGUUUGCUUCCGUUUAAGAAAUGUUUUUCAACAGAAUCGGCGGAAUGAAUACACCCCUGAUCACACACAAAUGCAGUUCACUUUCAUAGUAGCCACAUGAAAAACAGUGUGAUCACUUUGCUCAUUGUAUAUAUAAUUCCUUCACACGCUCUCAUUCUCUCACCUUUUCCCUUCGCUUGUGGACUUCAGUGUGCAACACAUCAGCUGUCCAUGACCUGGCAAAAAAAAACUUUACAAGACAAACCUUCAUAUCAUGACCGCUAUAACCGCUACACACAGCCUACAUCGUUGUCACGUCAUAGUCAACAUAGCUACUACAAUCAUGCAGUACAGUGUACAGUCAGAAAGCAGUUUAGCAGUUACACAAUAAGAAUAAUUAACACAAUACCAUACGUAUUUCAUAAGGCCUAGUUUUACCCUAAUACAGGGGCCUGAAACUCAUAUACAUCACGUUGAACCAAAACCACGCCCACGUUAUCAUAUUUCCCAGCAUGCUCUAUUGCAGGUACAUUUUUUAAAUUGUUUGUUAGAAUAUUUAUGUAUAUAUAUUUUUAGAAUAUCUAUGUGUGUGCAUGUACAUUGCUUGACUGAUUAAUCUCAUGCUACACAAAGAUAAAUAACAUACAUUUUUCUAAACUAAUCCAAUACUUACUUUUUUUUUACACCUGUUACUGAAAUGUUUGUUCCAGUUUAAAUGCCUUAAGUAGUCUCCUUACAAUGUUCCCAACCCUGGCACUCAUUCUGAAUGCAGGUUGCAGGUGAAUAAAAAUCCCAACUGUUGUAUAUCCUAACUCUGGCUGACUUCCAAUAGGAAUUACACAUCACUUUGCAAGCCAGUAUAAUGUGACUUGCAGGCCUGAUGUGGCCUGUAAACCAUGAGUUUCAAAAAUAGGUUUUGAUUUGUUCCUAAAGUGGUACAAACACUUGUCACUGUAAUGGUACCUUGUAAGGUCAUCCUUUGUACCUUUAAUUUAUAAGUGCAUAAUUGUAGCCCAGUUCAUACCUCAGGCCACAUCAGGCCUGCAAGUAGGGUUGCAAAAUUCCGGUGACUUUUCCAGAAUUCCCAGAUUUUACAAAAACCUCUUUGAAAGGAUUUUGGAUUUCCUGGUUCCGUUUCUAGGAAACUUUCAACCAGGAUUUCUGGAGAACCUGGGAAUUUUAGGAAAGUUACCAGCAUUUUGCAACCCUGCCUGCAAGUCACAUUAUGAGGAAACUACCUAAGGCAGGGGUCGGCAAUGACAUACACUACCACACCUACUCAUUCAAGGGUUUUUCUUUAUUCUUUAUGCCAAGAGUGUGCAAAGCUGUCAUCAAGGCAAAGGGUGGCUAUUUGAAGAAUCUCAAAUAUAACAUAUAUUUUGAUUUGUUUAACACUUUUUUUGGUUACUACAUGAUUCCAUAUGUGUUAUUUCCUAGUUUUGAUGUCUUCACUAUUAUUCUAGAAUGUAGAAAAUAGUAAAAAUAAAGAAAAACCCUUGAAUGAGUAGGUGUUCUAAAACAUUUGACCUGUAGAGAAUGUGAUCGUGUCUCAAUGUAAUCAAGGUAUGAACUUAUUAUUAUUUUCAAAUAUCCAACAGUGUUUCCUGUGUGUUCCUCUGUAGCUCAGUUGGUAGAGCAUGGCACUUGCAAUGCCAGGAUAGUGGGAUAGAUUCUCGGGACCACCCUUAGGUAAAAUGUAUGCAUUCAUGACUAAGUCGAUUUGGAUACAAGUGUCUGCUAAAUGGCAUAUAUGAAAUAUAAUCUAUUUUUGGGCUUAGUUGUGGUCAUUUUGCUGUGUAAUAAUUACUUUAAUUAUGUUCUGGCCCCUACACCAUCCACUCGGACAAAAAUUGGCCUGCGGCUGAAUCUAGUUGCUUACCCCUGGCCUAAGGCAUUUAAACUGGAACAAACAUUUCAGUAACGGGUGCAAAAAUCUAACGAACUGAUUGGAUUAAUUUUGAAAAAUGUAUGUUAUUUAUCUUUGUGUAGCAUUAGCGUAAUCACUCAAUGUACAUGCACAAAUAUAGAUACUGAAACAAACAAUUCAAAACAUCUGCCUGCAAUAGAGCAUGCUGGGAAAUAUGUUAAUGGCACGUCAAUCAUCCUACUAUUUUCCACUAAUGCUACAGUAACACAGUGUCUCUGCAACACACCCUAGUGAGCCCAGAUAGCAGCCUGAUGUUAGGAGGGAUUGGGGAGGGAGAGGGGAUGUUAUCCUGGGUAUUAAAUUCGACAGCAGUAACUCGGCAGACACAGACACACACACUUAAAUAUGACAGCAGUUUAGGAGGUAGUGCUCGGCAGGUUGUGAAUGGAGAGGAAAUUAAGAGUAAAUUAUCAACUGAGCUGGGAGUUUCUUAACAGGGAAGAAAGAACAGAACAGCAGAGAAGAUAAGUUGAUUAACUUCAUUCUAAGUAUUUUACAAACUUCACUUAGAGCUCUGUUGAUCAGAGAGAGGGGGGCGGGAAGAGAUGAAUAGCAGUUAGAUGGGGAGAGGAGUGAAGAGAGGGGCAGAGAGAGGAGGAGAGGGAGGGGGUAUAAAAGAGGAUAUAUGGUGUUUGAGAGGGGAGAGGAAAAGAGAGAAUUAUAGAGGAAGAAAUAAAGAGGGAAAGAGAGAGCGACAGAAAGAGGGAUGAGGGUUGUGAUGUUUGCUCUAUCUGAUGGGAGGUUGUGUGUCACAGAGGAGGAUGUUUGAUGUCUAUUUUGGACCUGAUUCCUUUGUGCUCCGUAACUGGUGAAGGAGUAGGGGGUAGCAUCUGUGUGUGUCUCAUCCUCUUUCUGUGAACUGUAGGUUUUGAUGUCUUGUGUGUGAGGCUGUGUGGGAGUCACAAUGGAACUGUUUGAAGAUGCUGGCAAUUGAGUCACUCUUUUCUUCUCUUUCUCUCCUCUCUCUCCGCCUCUUGUUCUUGUUCUUUUCCUUCCCCCUUUUUAUUCCUCUGUCUCUCUCUUGGUCCUCCUUCUGCUCUCCUUCCCUCUCUCAAUGUUUCUCCCGCUCUCAUUCUCUGGGUCCCCCUGGUCCUCUCUCUCUUUUUCUCCCCAUUAAUCUCCCUACCCCCACUCUAUUUCUUUCUCUCUCGAUCUCUCUCUCCCCCUCCCUCCCUCUGUCUCUUCCUCCCUCUCUCGCUAGUGAUAUGACAGUGAAGAUCUGGUCAGCAAAGGUGGGGAAGAAGAGGUGA